AAAACCACAAAUUCACAAGUAAUCGCAAAGGGUGAAAUUUCAUUCAUUUUCCGGUUCCCAAAUCUCUUGAACACACACACAGAGCUAUCUCAGAUUCAUCUUACAGGGAUUUAAUCGACUCUGCAACGGAUCGCUGACACAAACAAUAUUCCAUCGAUAACCGAGACCUGGUUUCACUCCUAGGGGAAGAUUUGCGAGGUAUGCAGUAAUGAAAGACAAGAACUCCACUUCUGUUCUGAAGCGAGUUUUGGUCAAAUGUGGAGCUCAGUCAAAAGAAUAUGGGAGCUGUGUUGCAGCAAAGGUUCCAGAAGUUGAACGUGAUAUGUGUCUUAAGGAGUUUCUUGCAUUGAGGAAUUGCAUGCAGAACGUGCUCAAAGGAAGGGUUUAGUUUCACCAACUUCAUUUCAGAUCGAAGCAUUGUUUUCAACUUCUAGCCUAAAUUUUGAUCAAGCCUUGUACAAGUGGUGGCUCCGUAUAUUUUGAUUUGGUGGCAUAUAGUUCAGACUAGGUGCUAAAAGAAUGUCUGGGGAAGGAUCAAGUUCUCAGCCUAAUGGUGGCUUUCGUGGAUCUGGUUCUAUGUCACAUGUUUAUAUCCAGCAUCCACCGUUGAGAUGUAGAGUUCCUGGAUCAAGAGGCUUAUUUUAUGAUGACGGAAAUAAAUUAAUGAUUUCUCCAACAUCUGAUCAGGUUUUUUCAUGGAAAACAUCAACAACUUUUCCGGAAGUUAUUCCAGAAUCUGAUUCGAUAACAGAAGGGCCAGUAUUGUUGGUUCGAUAUGCAUUAGAUAUGAAGCUUUUAGCUAUCCAGCGUUCAAAUCACGAGGUUCAGUUCUGGAUCAAAGAGACCGGAUACACUUUCAAACAAAGGUGCAAAUCUGAGUCGGAGACAAUACUAGGAUUUUUUUGGACAGAUUGUCCAACAUGUGAUGUUGUCUUUGUAAAGACCAGUGGUUUGGACUUCUUCUCUUAUGAUUCUGAAAUGAAAUCGCUCCAUCUGGUUGAGACAAAGAAACUGAAUGUGAGUUGGUACAUCUAUACGCAUGAAAGCCGUUUGGUGCUUCUUGCCUCGGGAUUGCAGUGCAAGAGCUUUACUGGGUAUCAGCUUUCAUCUGUGGGUAUCAUCCGCCUACCAAAGUUUGAGAUGGCAAUGGCCACAUCUGAGGACAGCAAUAAGCCUGUUCUAGCUGCUGAAGAUGUACAAGUUAUUACUGUUUAUGGUAGAAUAUACUGCUUGCAAGUUGAUAGAGUUGCAAUGCUACUGCACUCGUAUAGAUUUUACCGUGAUGCUGUUGUGCAACAGGGUUCUUUGCCUGUAUACACGAGCAAAAUAGCUGCAAGUGUGGUUGAUAACGUUUUGCUUGUACAUCAAGUGGAUGCAAAGGUUGUCAUCUUAUAUGACUUAUUUUCAGAUUCUCGUGCCCCUAUAUCUGCUCCUCUUCCUCUAUUAUUUAGGGGGGUUUACAGCCCCAAUAUGUCAUCCUCUCAUUCAAGUAGCAACUAUACUGAAACUUCAGAAGAAAAAGAUGCUAUUGAUACAGAAGCAAUUAUCUAUGGAGAUGAUUGGACUUUUCUUGUUCCUGAUCUUAUAUGUGAUGUUGCUAAUGGUUUUUUGUGGAAGAUCCAGCUGGAUUUGGAGGCUAUAUCUGCUAGUAGCUCAGAAGUGCCAUUUGUACUAGAGUUCUUGCAGCGGAGGAAAUUGGAGGCAAAGAAGGCUAAAGAACUGUGCGUGGGAAUAGCCCGUAACAUCAUUCUAGAACGAAGACCUUUAUACAUGGUUACACGCUCAAUCGAUGUUUUAGUUACUUCAUACUCUUACGCAAUUAAAACAGGAAGUUCUCUGAAGGAUGUGAAACCUGAGAAACCUUCAUCCUCUGGCGUUACUAGUGUGAACAGCAGCAACACUGUUGCUGAUGAAUCCACUAGUAGAGGAAAUGCUUCCGGGAAAUUUCUCAAACAUGGCCCUGCUAGUGAAGUGGGGGAUGAUACUGUUUCUAAUCAUAGUUACUCAACCUUAGACUCUGAUGACAAUUCAUUUUCUGAUAGGCAGAAAAAAAACCCUGCAAAUCAUGUUUCUUCCAAGGUUAAUAUAGACACAGAAAAUUUAACGAAGGUCGAAGCCAGUAACGAAGAAGUUCAUCCAUCAGCAUCACAAACUCAAAUUAUCAGACAUAGCAACUACUCGUCAAAUGUUAAUAAUUCCGAGCUUCACAAUUCUCUAGUAAAUUCAGCUGCAAUCACAUCAGAUGAGAUGUAUAGCUUCGUGUUUGCUCCCGUUGAGGAAGAGAUGGCUGGGGAUUCUUUUUACUUGGCUUCUGUCAUUGUUGAGUUUCUUCGCAGCUCCAACAUUGAAAAGGUGAGAGUCCACCCUAGUAUCUAUGUGCUGACCAUACGAUUACUAGCUCAGACGGAGCGAUUCCCAGAGCUUGGAUUGUUUGUCACAAACAAGAUUAUCGAACCUUCAAAAGAAGUGGCUUUUCAGCUACUAGAGUCAGGUGCUCAGCAUUGCCUAACAAGGAAAUUAGGUUUAGAUAUGCUGAGACAGUUGUCACUACAUCAUGACUAUGUCUCACUAUUACUGCAAAAUGGAUACUACCUCGAAGCUUUACGUUAUACACGCAAAAAUAAGGUUAAUACUGUCCGCCCUUCAUUAUUUCUGGAAGCGGCUUAUGCCUCAAAUGACUCGCAACAAUUGGCUGCAGUUCUGAGGUUUUUCUCUGAUUUUUUCCCUGGCUUUAAAAACACUCCCGAUCACAAUUCGUACUGCAGUGUUCUUGCUGGCAUGGGUUCAUCUGUCGCAGCUUGAGUUGUGUAAUAAGAGAUCAUUGUACCAUUAAUAGAAUUUUUACUGUUGCAGUACUUUGCUAAUGUUCUGGUGAAGUAAAAAUAUCAAAACUGUCAAUAUAUUUCAAGGACUCCUACUGAAGCAAGUGUAUUUAAUUCUAUAAUCCUCCUGAAUUCUUAAUUGAUACAAUAAGACUUGUUGAUAAAUCAAGGCAAUCUUCAACUUC